UCUCUAUGUCAUCCACCGGCACUUCCAUCUUCCAAUUUAAUUGGUCUGUAGGUCAACAACAGAGAGAAGAAGAAGACAAAUUUCUAAAGCGGCGUCGUGUUGGUCGUGAGCUCUGUGUGUUCCAAAAAUGGAGUUCGUUAACAAGGCGGUAACGAAAGCGGCGAAGAACAACACGGUGAUAAACGUGUGCCUGGUAGGCUCGUUCAUCGCGCUGAGCGUAAGGUCGGUGAGGCAGCAAAACGACAUCGAAUCGCUGGAGGCGGAGAAGGCGUCUCUCAUCAAAUCGAACAAGGCUGCGAAGCAGACCAUGUGGGACUGGAAGCAGCAGCUGUACGCCGAGGCCUCCUCCACUGACGGCGCCGUUUUGGUUCCUCUCGCCAGACUCAAAGCCAUUUACGGCGAAGCUCCCGUUGCCCAAAUUGGAGAGGCUGUGAAGGAAGAAUCAAAAUCUGCUGCCUCCAAAUUUGUGGUCUGAUUUUGGGACAUUGGGUUUCUGCUUGCAUUUGCAAAUUGGGUUGCUGCUUGCAUUUGCAAUUUGGGUUGCUGCUUGCAUUUGUAAAUUGGGUUGCUGCUAGCAUUUGCAAAUUGGGUAUUUGCUUUCUUUGCCUUGCAAGCUUGUAAUGCAGUUGCAGCUGAAUUUAAUGGUCAGGCUUUGAGUUCAUUUUGCACUUCUAUCAUUUUGGUGAAGGGAGAAAGGAUCAUUUUGAACUCAUUCAAGUUUGCCAUGGGACUGAAUUUAUUCAUUUCUCUGUUUUUA